GUCACUGCGCGAUGAUAAGAACCGUCCGAGGUGUUCAUCUUUCUUGGAACUAUCUCUUUAAGUGGCUUGCCAUGGUUUAAGGAGCUCUUCCUUGUAAUUCCCGUGUUUGUCCGUUUCCGUGUUACUUUCCCAUCAAUCCGUAAACCGAUUUUGUGCUCCGACCAUGUCUGUGGAGGCUGAUGUUCGGUCGAUAUUGUCGCGGGCGCUGGAUGCCGAUGAAGCUGGCCGCAAGGAGGAAGCCAUUGACCUCUACGGAGAGGCGGUGGAAAAGAUCCUUCGCCUGCAGGAUCGCGAAAAGCGAGAAAAGCUGAAUAAAUUUGCCCUUCACGCCCUCGAUCGUGCCGAGAAGCUGAAGGGAAUCACGUACUCACCCAAGCAAACGCCACCGGUCCAUUCACCGACGACGCUUUCUCCGGGCUUACCAACUGCAGCCCUGAAACCGGUGCAGAGCAGCGCAGGAACGUUAGCAAGUCCUUCCCGCUCACAACCGGUACUGGAGAUCAGCGGAAGUAAUCGUGGAUACAGCAACGAAGAGAAACGCGUGCUUGAGCAUACCUCACACAUUAACGCCAAAGUUUAUGUUCCCUUCAUGGACAUCGACCUGCACGAGAAGUUCCACUUUCCGUUGCCGUUCACCGAUAAGGAUGGCCCACUUGAGUUGGCUCCGAAGCAGAGGCGUGAUUUUGUCCAGUGGAUUCGAGUGAGCGAGCUGGCCGAACACCCGCAGCUGAUCGUAGGCGAUCAUGCCGAUUUCUACAGCAUUCGACAGACGAUCGUUUCGGACUGUAGCUUUGUGGCCUCGCUGGCCGUGGCCUCCCAGUUCGAGAAACGGUUCAAACGUCGCAUACUCACAUCGAUCAUCCAUCCGCGGAACAGCCGUGACGAACCGGUUUACAAUCCGAGCGGAAAGUACUCGAUCCGUAUGCACGUCAACGGUAUCCCGCGGAAGGUGGUCAUCGACGAUUACCUUCCGCUCGGUCGUCACAAUCAGAUCCUGUGUUCGUACUCGAGCAACAAAAAUGAGUUCUGGGUGUCGCUGCUCGAGAAGGCGUACAUGAAGCUGAUGGGAGGAUAUGACUUCCCUGGUUCAAACAGUAAUAUCGAUUUACAUGCCCUGACGGGAUGGAUUCCGGAACGUGCGUUGGUGAAAUCGAACGAACCGGACUUUAAUGCAGAUGCCGUGUUCGAGCGGCUACGGGAAGGAUUGAGUUUGGGCCGAUGUCUCGUAACGGUGGCAACAGGCGAGCUCUCGGAUGCAGAAGCCGAACGUACUGGACUCGUUUCAACUCACGCGUAUGCCGUGCUCGAUAUGCGCGUCGUAAAUGGUGUAAAGCUGUUGCAGUUGAAAAAUCCCUGGUCACAUCUGCGCUGGCGUGGCAACUAUUCCGAGCUGGAUGCCGUUCACUGGACACCGGAACUGCAGCGUGAACUCAAUUACGAUCCAAAGCUUGCGGCUACGUACGAUAAUGGAGUGUUUUGGAUCGAUUUCCCAUCGAUCAUCAACUUCUUCGAUGUGUUCUAUCUGAACUGGGAUCCGGCCCUGUUCCAGUACACGUACUGUAUCCACCAAUCGUGGAGUGCCGGUGUUGGACCGACAAAAGACGCGUACAAUGUGGGUGAUAACCCACAGUUCAGUCUUACGGUGCCAGCCGGGCAUGGUUCGGUGUGGAUACUGCUUACGCGACACAUCACCAGCAUUGAGGAUUUCCGUGAAAAUCACGAGUACAUCACGGUGCUGGUGUACGCAAGUGGUGGUAAACGGGUUUACUAUCCCACCGAACCUCCGCCGUACAUCGAUGGUGUCCGUAUCAACAGUCCGCAUUAUCUGUGUAAGAUCCGGCUCGAUCCAAAUACUGAGCGACGUUACACACUCGUUGUGUCCCAGUACGAGAAAACGGCCACCAUUUAUUACUCGCUCCGUGCUUACUGCAGGACACGGUUCGAGCUGAAACAGCUCGAGCGACGGUACGCCACGGUCGAAAAUCUCAACGGAGAAUGGAAGGGCAAAACGGCGGGCGGAUGUCUGAAUCAUCCGCAAACGUAUCGUAACAAUCCGCUCUACCGGCUACACGUUGGACCCGCGGCGACAAGCAAUUUGGUCAUCGAACUGCGCGGUCCAAGGGACUACCAGGUUGGGUUGGAGCUAACGGUGGCAUCGUUGGAAGAUUCCACAGUGACCGCUCCGUUUGUAUCGCAAAAGACUGGCGUUUACCGGUCCGGAUUCUGCGUGCUAGACCUGGAAGGGAUACCGGCCGGUGUGUAUCAGGUGCGACCGUCCACCUUCCUGCCCGAGCAGGAAUCACCAUUCUUUCUUAAGGUGAAAUCUUCAACGAAUGUGGUGAUAGAGAAGCUGAACUGAGGUGUUACGUGAGCAUAUUGUGCAGUACAUUAGGCUUCUUUUGAAGAGACAGCUUUUUAAAUAAUGUUGGCAUUGUUUUGUUAAUCUCUGUCCAUCGAAUAUUUGUUUAAACAUUAACUAUUUUUAUCAAGCUGCUGCUACGCAAACCCCUAACAAAAAGUGUCAAUAAACAAAACUAAUAAACAU